AUGUCUUCCGCAGUAGCAGAAUUAGAAGCCGGCCUUCAAGCCAUGGUUCAAUUAAGACCUCCUGGUGUAUCAGGAUCUCGAAUUCAAGGCCUUACAAACCUCUGCACCCAAAAUAUCCAGCAAGAAUCCGCUUUGGUUCAGAAAUUAUAUGUUCACUUUAAAAAGACACCUGGCACACACAAGCUUGGCACCCUCUACGUCGUAGACUCUGUAAACUCGAAAAUGGGACCGAACAAGCCAAACUUGCUCAACAAACCAUAA